UAAAUAAAAGCUCUCUCUCUCUCUCUCUCUCUCUCUCUCUCUCUGAUAUUUAUAAAUUCUCACCAUCCUUUCUUCUCUGUUUGGUCUUGAAGAAAUCUCUGAUAUUGCUUUUCUAUUCUUUCUCUCUCCGCGAAAGUUAGGGUUGUAUUUCUCACACUUGGAACAAAGAAUACACAGCUACAAGAAAGGUGAUAUGUACCGAACAAUCAAUCUCAAUCCCUUUAGGUUACUUUUGUUUUGCGAUUUCUUGUGUUUUGAUUUGAAUUUAGGAUUUUGUUCUGAUUUUCUAUGUAUCGAAUAGGUUUCUUAGUUAAAGGAAGAUCUUUAUUUAUACGUUUAGAAAUGGUGGUUUGUGUGUGUUGUAAACUGAGUGUGGUGAUGGGUGGCUAGGGGGUUUGUGGGUUAAGAAUGACAGAUAUUCAGCAACAAUUGCAACAAAAGCCUGAGAGCGCCAGGGAUGCCCGCACCGAAUUUGAGCGGGGAUUGGAGGAAUUAAUGCGAGGGCAUUUGGAUGAUUGUAUGUCAUUUGCAUCGUGUAGUUCUCCCCGUAAUACUGAAGAUGAGGAUGAUGAAGGUGAUCAACUUGUUAGGAGAAGGAGGAGGUCAGAUCUUGAGGGGGAUGAUCUGGCUGAGUCUUCUGCUGCCCGGAGGCGCCACUCACGGAUUUUGAGUAGGUGGGCUGCCCGGCAGGCACAGGAGAUGAUUACAACGAUUGAGAGGAGGAAUAGAGAAUCAGAGUUGAUGGCACUCGCAGGUCUGCACACGGUUUCUACGCUUGAUUCAUCAUUCUUGAGAGAGUCUCAGUCUCCGACUUCAAGGCGGCAGGGCAAUGUUGAGAGACUGAGCACCCAGGCAUCAUCUAUUUUGCAAAUGUGGCGGGAGUUGGAAGAUGAGCACUUGUUGAAUCAUGCUCGGGAGACGGUGAGAGAAAGAUUGAGGCAGAGGAGUGUUGAGUCGAAUACAAACGCCUCAAGCAUGAAUAUGUCUGAAAGCCAGGGGACUGAGAAUCAUGUUAGUUUGGAGGAUGCAAGUGAGAGUGAGAACGACUUUGGAACUUGGUCCCAUGAUCAGAUGGGAACGCAAAAUGAACAAGGGGACCGUGACAGUUCUAGCCGUGAGCAAUCUCCUGACCUGGGUGAAGUUGAGAGGGAGAGGGUGAGGCAAAUUGCUCGGGGUUGGAUGGAGAGUGGCAUCACUGAUGAUUCAUCCAAUGUAACGCAGAGGAGCAAUAGUCCAAGAGCAGAGUGGCUUGGUGAAACUGAGCGUGAAAGGGUUAGGAUUGUGAGGGAAUGGGUUCAAAUGACUAGUCAACAGAGGGCAGCUCGUGGUGGUCGAGGAGAUGAACAAGUUGCUGGACUUGGUUCUCAAGUUGCCCAUGUUCGUGAAGGUCUGGUUGUUGAUCAUGAUGAAGGCCAGCCAGAGAAUGUUCGCAGGGACAUGCUGAGGUUGCGGGGAAGGCAAGCUCUGAUCGACUUGCUUGUGAGGGUUGAGAGGGAAAGACAGAGGGAACUUGAGGGCCUGUUGGAGCAUCGGGCUGUUUCUGAAUUUGCUCAUCGCAACCGCAUUCAGUCAUUACUCAGAGGCAGAUUCUUGCGAAAUGAAAGGCCUGUUGAGGAUGAGAGACCACCUUCAGUGGCUGCAGGUGAAUUGGUUCAGUUAAGACAACGGCAUACUGUUUCUGGCUUAAGGGAAGGGUUCCGCUUCAGGUUAGAAAAUAUAGUUCGUGGUCAAGUAGGCAGCAAUUCUGAUACCUCAUCUAACAAUAAUACCACUGAUUCCAGAAAUGAUCAGAUCCAUACAAACACCCCACAGGAGGUCCAGCAUGAAAUCGAUGAGCAGUCACAAUCUAGGAGUCAGGAAAGUGACAUCCAGCGGUUGUUGGAUCCUACAGGAAAUUCUGAAAGCAACUUGGCUGGUCAGAGCAUUAAUUGGCAAGAAUCUGUUAAUCAAGGAGGGGAUUGGCAGGAACAAGGUCCUGGAGAUGAGAGAGGAAACUGGCAGCAAUCUGCGUAUGAUCAGUUUAAUGAAUGGAGAGACAGCACUACAGGAGAUAUGGAUGGAAAUUGGCAGGAAAAUCCAGUUAAUGAUUGGCCUCAAGAAACUUCAGGAAAUGAAGGUGUAGAAGAAGAUCAUCCACAAGAAACCCAUGAGGUUUGGCAUGAAAAUGGUAUGAGGGAAGCCGUGGAAAAUUGGUCAGAAGCACCUUCUGACCCACCGAGAAUGCGUCGUUUCAUCCCAGUUAGACGAGUCAAUAGAUUCCACCCACCUGAUGAUGAUAAUGUGUAUAGUAUGGAACUCAGGGAACUCUUAAGCAGGAGAAGUGUCUCUAAUCUUCUUCGUAGUGGUUUCCGUGAGAGUCUGGACCAAUUAAUAGAGUCAUAUGUGGAAAGGCAAACACGUGCUCCUAUUGACUGGGAUCUUCACAGGAACUUGCCUACUCCGACUCCUGCUUCACCAGAGCAGGAUCAGGAGCAACAAAGGGAUGAGCAGAAUGGGGAUCAGAGUGAUGCUAUGGGCAGACCUUCACUGGUGCUACCAUCUCCUCCUGUGCCCCCUCCACAGCCUCUUUGGCAUCAGGACUUACAUCACACUAGUUGGUCUCGACAUAGCAUGCAUCGUUCAGAACUUGAGUGGGAGAUGAUUAAUGAUCUAAGAGCAGACAUGGCAAGGCUUCAACAAGGCAUGAACCACAUGCAGAGGAUGUUAGAGGCCUGCAUGGACAUGCAACUGGAGUUGCAACGCUCAGUAAGACAGGAGGUCUCUGCUGCUCUAAAUCGGUCAGCUGGUGGUGGACAAGGUUCGUGGGUGGCAGAGACAUCGGAGGAUGGAUCCAAAUGGGGUCAUGUUAGGAAGGGAACUUGCUGUGUUUGUUGUGAUAGCCAAAUUGACUCUCUUUUGUACAGAUGUGGGCACAUGUGCACUUGUUCGAAAUGUGCCAAUGAAUUGGUUCGUGGAGGAGGGAAGUGUCCAUUGUGCCGGGCUCCUAUUGUUGAGGUUAUCCGCGCUUACUCCAUACUGUAAAAAAUUUGAAAAGCUUAACGGAAAAGGAAUAAACAAAUGAAAAGAAUGAAUGAAAAAGAUUUAGGGGAGUCAUCACACCUGUCGCAUAUAUCUUGACAGCUCUGCCUAUUCAUAAUUAUUGUUUGUAGUUUCUAGUUUGCCUCUGUUUUUCUGAUUAUAUAUGAAACGCUUUGCAUUGUAUAAUUGGAAUUACAAUUGGCACCUUUUUGAUUCUUCAUUCAUUCGUAAAUAAAAUUCUACUGGAAAAUUCUUUAUA